AUGGCCUGGACUCCCCCGAACGCGCCGCCGAACCUGCUGGCCCGUGUUUCCGCUGAGCAGCGGAACGCAUGGGCCGACGGAGCUCCCUUGGACAUUGCUUCGCAGCGGCAAUUCCGACAGCAGACCACGUAUGCAUUCCGCCUCAACGCCGACUUCACUAGUACGUCCGAACCGAUCCAAUACAAGAAGGGAAUGCAAGGCCAAUUCCUAGGUCUGACAGAGAAGAGAAUGGCCAAGAUCUUCAUACGCGGCGUCACUGAGGGAGACGGCUUCAGGAACCGCCAUGUUCCCCUCGAAUAUAUCGAUAAGGGCCCUCAGUGGCAAGCUGAUGUCAAUGAGUGGCGUCUAGAUGUCAAACUGCCAGGUCGUACAGUAUUCGACAAGCGAGACUGGACUUCUUCUUCCUUGCCCGGCACAACUGUACUCGGCAAGACUGUCACUCACCUCAUAUCAGCCUUUCUUCACUCACCCGCGCCCGGAGAUGCCGAAAAGAUCACAGACUUCAUCCGCAGAUCUAGCGUGCCAGGUCUCACCAUGACAAUAAUCAACGGUAUCAAAGAUGCUGGUCUCUACGGGGUUGUAUAA